AUGAAUAAAUUUACUUUGAGAUUUCCUUUGGAAUUAGAACAAAAAUAUGAGGAAGCAACAAAAGAGUCUUCUUUAUCACAUUUUAAAUCAUAUCAUCCAUUGUUAAUAAUGAUUAAUCUUGGUGUUGCAAUUAUACAAUUACAAUAGGGUUAAUUAACAAAUGGAAUAUUGGAAUCAAUAAUCACUAUAAUAUUCAUUAUUCAAUUUCCUAUAGUAUGUAGAAUGAAGAGAAAUAAGAAUAUUUGUAGUGUAUUUGUUAUUAAUAAUAUAAUAAUGACAUCUAUAUAAUUAAUGGUUGAUAAGAAUACUAACAAUUAUAAUAAUUUAUAUGUUUCUGGAUGUGGAAUUACAAUGAUUAACAUAACAUUAUUGGAACAUUAUGAUUUCAUAUGGAAUACUAUUUCACUCACAAUUGUAAUAACAAUAAGGUUGAUUUACAUAAUAUAUUAUUUUAAAUUUGAUGGAAUGGCUAUUAUUUACAUCGCUGUUUCAUGUUAUUUAUACAUUUUGAUGUAUCGUAAAACAUAUGUGAGAAGAGCAUUAUUUUUGUAAUAUGAAAAUGAGAAGGAAAUUAGUAAUUAUACUUAUUAUAUCUAAAGGAAAGAUUUUAGACGAAAUAAUAAAAGAUGUCUAUAUACAUUUUAAAUUUGAUUAAGAUUCAUUUCAAUUUGAAUUAAAAUAUGCAAAUUAAUUGGCAAUAUAAAGAAUUGGUAUAUAAGGUAAUUAAGAUUUAAAAGAUUUUUUACAUAAUUUUUCUAUUUAUGAUUCUAAACAUUAAUAAUAAUAAUGUGAAAAUUAAUAUAAAUCUAGAAAUAUAAAUUUAUAACAUAGUACAGGUAUGGAUUCUAUGAAUGUUGGUUAAUAUCUAUAUGAAAUGAUGGUGGCUGUAAAAAAGAAUUCAACAUUUUUAGAAAUAAUGGUUAAAGAUAAUUCAACACAAUAAUUAUAUAAUGUUAGAUGUUUUUAAUAUAGUGUAAUUGAUAAAGAAAUUAUUAUGUUAAUGGAAUAAAGAUCUAAGAUUAUGGAAGAAAAUAUAUAAUUGAAAUUAAAAGAUCAAGAAAUCUAAUUACUUACUAAAUAAUUAAUUAAAAUAAAUAUUAGAACAAAAAAAUAAUUAAAUUAAUUAUGUUCUAUACUUGAAAGUUCUGAAUCUAAUCCAUAUUUCAAAAUUAAUGAAAGUACUGUUAAUGCUUAAAUUAUCUCGAAUACUAAAAUAUAAAUGAUAUUGGAUGCAUUUCAAAUCUAUUAUUAUAGAAGAGAAACAGAAUAAUUAUUAGAUAUAUUCUCUCUUAAUUAAAUUAUUUAUAAAUGUUUAACCAUUAUGAAUAUUAUAGCUGAAGUUGAGGAUAAACACAUUACAUUUGAAUCAGAAUCUAAUGAAUCAGAUAUUAUUACUUCCAUUUCCAAUAUUGUUUACUUUAUAUUAUAAAAUCUAUUAUACUUAUUUCUUGUUUAGUAAAGUCAUAAAAAUGUUAAAUUUACAUUAAGAAAUCUUGAUAAGGAUAAAAUAAUAGUAUUCAAUUUCUAUAUUGAUGGACUUAUAUCUUUAGAAUUUCUAAAAUAAAACUCAUUUAUUAUGUCUAUGGUUUAUAAAGGAUUACAAAUUGUUGGACCUAAAGCUGAAAUUAUUACAACAUCUGACAUUAUUAAUAAUAAUACAUAAAGUAAUUUAUAUCAUAAUUAUAGAUCCAUACUUAAUUUAAGUUAAAAUAUAUAAGAAUCUACAUAACAUUAUGAAAUAAUAAUAAUGA